AUGGUAUCACCAAGUAAAGAUGAUCAAUUUGUUAAAUACACCAAAAGUGUUGGAAUGGAUCCUGUUGUUAAGAUACCAAAUGUGCAAGAAUUAAUUCGAGCUCAAAUGAAGUCUGCUAAAACAGAUCGAAGCAGCAGUCUCGGUUCUUUUAAUUGGAAUGAAUACCAUAAUUUGGAUAGAAUACAUGCUUGGCUUGAUGAAUUACAAACAAUGUAUCCAAAUAUUGUAAAAACAGUAUCAAUUGGAAGAUCUAAUGAAGGACGUGAAAUUAAGGGCGUGAUUAUUGACUUCAAAUCUGGAAACAGAGGGACUAAUCCUUUAACAGGAAUGAUUGAAGGUGGCAUUCACUCUAGAGAAUGGAUCGCACCAGCAACUGUCACUUGGAUUAUAAAAGAAUUUCUGACCAGCAAUGAUCCUGAUACCAGAUUUAUGGCGGAAGCUUUUGUAUGGCACAUCUUUCCUGUUAUUAAUCCUGAUGGCUACGUGUAUUCAUUUUUAAAUGAUCGUAUGUGGAGAAAAAAUCGCAACCUUUUAUAUGGAACAAAUUGUACCGCGGGCGACGAUCUAAGUAAUGGCAUAGAUCUCAACAGAAACUUCGACUAUUUGUGGAUGACCAUUGGUGCAUCUUCGGACCCAUGCACACAGACCUUCGCUGGUCCAUAUCCCGCAUCUGAGCCUGAAACCCAGGCCAUAUCGCGCUACCUUUUAAGUUUGAAAAGCACUGGAAAUGUUUUGUAUUACUUCGCUUUCCACUCAUAUUCUCAGAUGACUCUCAUCCCGUAUAGCCACUUGUCUGGUAUCGACGUUCUUCAAGUCUCAAACUAUGGGGAUUUGUACGAGAUAGCGAUUCGUGGAGCGGAGAAACUAACUCAGAAACACGGGACUGACUACCAAGUUGGAACAUCAGCUGAUAUUUUAUAUUCAGUAUCAGGGUCCAGCUUUGACUGGGUGAAGGGAGUUGGUGACAUUCCAAUCGUAUAUCUAUUUGAACUUCGAGAUGUUGGCGAGUAUGGAUUUUUAUUGCCACCAGAACAAAUCAUACCAAACAAUGAGGAGAUCAUGGCGUGCCUUAUCGAGAUGGACAGAACUACUAGAGAACUGAAAUAUUAUUCUGGCAGUCCUUCACUCUAUGCUUCAUUGAUUUCAAUCAUAAUAAGUGCAGCAUUUUUAAUCAUUGUUAAAUAA